AUGCGCGUGAGCCGGUCUAUUGGAAACAUCACUCUCCUCUCGGGUUUUACAGUGGCUUGCACCAUUUAGAGUUUGACGGCGCUGUCUGUCUUUAAAUACACGUUUUGUAGCGUCUAAACACACUCGGUCCUUGAUGAAGUAGUAGCGAUAUGAGCAUGUUUGCUUCUUUCUGACAAAAAUGGAAAGCUCAGAGUCCAGUCCAUCAUCAGAGCCACUGGCAGUGCCGGACAGAGGCAUGCAGCUGUCAGAGUCAGCCCGGCCCUCCAAGCACCGGGAGCACCCGUCCAAGUCACCAAGGAGACGACGGAAGGGGACGAGGUCUCAGCGACGGGGGGGUGGUCAUGAACAGCUGCUCUGGGAGAGCGAGCGGCUAAGGUUGCCAGGCCAACACGAGCACUUGGAGCCCUCUGGCUCGGCGAGUGACACAGCGGAAAGCUCUCCUAAGAGGAGAGCCCACUUUCUACAUGGACCGUAUCCAGCCACUCACUUCGGACCCAAAGCCUGUAUUCUUCCCAACCCAACUUCAGUCAUGCACAUCCAGGACCCAGCCAGCCAGCGGCUCACCUGGAAUAAACCUCCUGUCAACGUGCUUGUCAUCAGGAAAAUCAGAGAUCAGAGUCUCGUCGAGCCUUUCAAAGAGCUCUGCAGGUUUCUAGUGGAGGAGAAGCAGAUGAUGGUGUACGUAGAGCGCAGAGUAGCAGAUGAUGCUACGCUGUCAAAGGACGAGGCGUUCGGCUCCAUCCGCAAUCAGCUCUGCACCUUCCGAGAGGGUUAUGAUGAUAUCUCUGACUGCAUUGACCUGAUCAUCUGUCUGGGCGGAGAUGGGACGCUGCUCUACGCCUCCUCUCUCUUCCAGGGCAGCGUCCCUCCGGUUAUGGCGUUUCACCUCGGCUCUCUGGGUUUCCUGACGCCCUUCAAAUUUGAGUCAUACAAGACCGAAGUGGCCAAAGUGUUUGAAGGCAAUGCAGCCAUCACUCUGCGCAGUCGUCUGAAGGUGAAGGUGGUGAAGGACAUGCUUCAUAGGACAGGCCAGCAGCCGCACAGCCGAGAGCAGCAGCCGCAGCAGCAGCAGGAACACAACGGACUCCUUCCUCAUGGACACACCAACAGCGAAGCCGGCAAGGUCACCCUGCAGCUACAGGUGUUGAAUGAGGUGGUGGUGGACCGAGGCCCGUCCUCCUAUCUGUCCAAUGUGGACCUGUACCUCGAUGGACGGCUCAUCACCUCCGUGCAGGGAGACGGUGUGAUUGUGUCCACACCUACAGGCAGCACAGCGUAUGCAGCCGCAGCAGGAGCCUCCAUGAUCCACCCCAACGUACCCGCCAUCAUGGUCACCCCCAUCUGCCCACACUCGCUCUCCUUCAGGCCCAUCGUCGUCCCUGCUGGGGUGGAGCUCAUGAUCACCUUGUCCCCUGAUGCCAGGAACACCGCCUGGGUGUCGUUUGACGGCAGGAAGAGACAAGAGAUCCAGCACGGAGACUGCAUCAAGAUUACUACGUCUUGUUACCCGGUGCCCUCUAUCUGCUGCCAUGACCUUGUGUAUGACUGGUUCGAAAGCCUCGCUCAGUGUUUGCACUGGAACGUACGCAAGAGGCAGGAGCGACUGGAGGACGUCUCCGACUCGUCAGAAACCGAAAACUGAAUUGGCAGUUUUUCUGUCCUACGAUAAAGUCAACGCUCUCCAACACAACACAGGACUGAAAGUGAGCGCAUGUGUCUACCACCAAGUAUUGUUACAUUAGUCCUAUGAUUAGCAUGUUUAAUGUGUGUAAACAGUAUUUUAUAGAUUUCAGAAAGCAUCUCUUCACAUUCCAGUACAAACACAAUCUGUAAUUGUAUCUGUAGUUCACUGGGAGAAAGCAUGCUCCUCACAUAGAAAUGGAAAAACAACAACAAUUGCAGUAAUUUAAAUGAUUGCAAUAUAUUAAUAUUAUGAAUGAUUUUGGACAUCGAGCACUUAAUCCUCAAUGUGAUGGUCAGUAUGUAAGAUCUAGGCUUUACUGGCAUAAAGUUGAGGGGGGUUAUAGAUAAAGAAAACACUGAUAGAUUAAGAGAAAUGACUGUAAAUGUAAAUUUGUACAUAUAAGAUUCUAGGAAAAUGUAUUUAAAGUCAUAUCUGUGAUAUUUAUAUAGAUGGGUGCUUACAAAGACUGAAUUUGAUUUAUAUUACCGAGUCAGCCAAAGACAGGUGUGUGUGUGUGUGUGUGUGUGUGUGUGUGUGUGUGUGUGUGUGUGUGUGUGUGUGUGUGUGUGUGUGUGUGUGUGUGUGUCCUAACAGUAGCUGUAAAGGAGUUUUUCAUCUCUCUUCAAUUUUCUGCCCAAGUUAAAUUCUACAAUCAUCAUGUUGUAGAACAAAACUAAAUAAAAAGGUGGAGAAAUGUCCACAAUCAUGUUUUUAUGUUCAUUUAACUGCUAAUGUGAAAAUAAAGUUUUUGUUGUCUGCUUUGUGUAAA